GUGUCAUUCUAACUAAUCAAUAUAUUUGUCAACUUCGUAUCUUUGCUUCCUGAUCGUAGAUCUCAUCUAAUCCACCGCACGGAGUUAGGGAUCCUUACCAGGUACCCGAAUUACGGUCAUACCAUCAAUACCACCCAUUACAAUAUGUCCCACACUAAAAUAACCAACUUUCCCCAAUACGCAAGAUGAUAGCGCGUGUAAUAUAACGGUAACUAAUACAUAAUAGAUACCGGCAGUGUCAAAUAUAUAUAUUAGUAUCCAUCGCCCACGUCUUCUCCUGAAACUGCUGCAAUCUAAACCCAACUGUACUACUACCAGCUUUUCGAGCGUCUGUAUGAUCUCAUUCGGUCUAUCAUAUUGGUAAAUAUGGUUCGUAUUCCUCUAAAGCCCCCUGAGUACUACAGACUCAGUCCACGCUCAUCAGUGGACUCGAAUGCUUUGCUCUCCGUUUCGGACUUUGAGGACUUUAUCACCCCCAGAAGAGCAACUGGCAGGCGCUUUCUAUUCUCAAGGCAUCCAUCAUCCGGAGCCGUCCUUUUCUACCCCAGGCAGUUUCUUCACCAUGUGAUGCGUCGCAUAAUUCCCCGUGGGCUUGGUGGUCUUGUACGGCUCAUCAUAGGCUUCUUGAUCCUGUUGAUCGCUUUGACGGGCAUGCUAUGGCCCUCAUAUACGCAUUUACCCCCACACUACCAGUUUCUCCGCCAGCAGGCCUCUCGCAGCGGCAUUGCAGGACGAGGGAACCCCCAUAAUGAGACAGUCUUCAUUGCAGCCAUCCUCUACGACCCAGAUGGCAAGCUAGCCAGUGGGAGAUGGGGGCAUGAUUUGCUGCGCUUGAUCAAUCUGCUGGGCGAAGAAAAUGUCUUCCUCAGCAUCUACGAGAACGAAAGUGGCGACGAAGGUCUGACUGCCCUUCGGGACCUAGAGGACCAGCUGCCUUGCCGCAGUUCGAUACAAAUAGAACUGGACCUGGACAUGAGCACGUUCCCUACAGUAACUGUCCCAGGAGGAGGCAAACGGGUGAAACGAACAGACUAUCUCGCGGAAAUGCGGAAUCGUGCUCUACAACCGCUAGAUGAGCACCCAGAGAUUAAGUAUGACAAGAUACUAUAUCUGAACGACGUGAUCUUCGAUCCCAUUGACGUGCUCCAUCUCCUCUUCUCUACCAACAGCGAUGAGAAUGGGGUGGCCCAGUAUCGGGCCGCAUGCGCAGUCGAUUUUAUCAACGCAUUCAAAUUCUAUGAUACAUAUGCCACAAGGGAUCUGGAGGGCUAUGGAAUUGGCCUGCAGUUCUUCCCUUGGUUCACUUCAGCGGGGUCGGGAGCCAGCCGCAAAGAUGUCCUGGAGGGAAAAGAUGCGGUUCGAGUGCGCAGCUGCUGGGGUGGAAUGGUGGCAUUCGAUGCAAAAUAUUUUCAACGACGCGAAAACCCAGUUCGCUUUCGCGCCGAUCCAGAUUUGUUCUAUGAUGGAUCAGAAUGCUGCAUUAUUCACGCCGAUAUUCAAGAUUCAUCAUUGGACACCACGAAGACCACAGACAAAGGCAUCUAUAUGAACCCAUUUGUGCGGGUCGCAUACGACGAGCGCAGCCACUCCUGGCUGUGGGUAACACGGCGGUUUGAGAAACUAUACCCGCUUGUCCACAAUAUUGUCAACCACAUGGCAGGCUUGCCACGAUACAACCCCCGUCGGAGUGAGAUUCCUGGCCAGCUGGUCAAAGAUACGCUGUGGGUGCCCGAUGCGACUGAUGCACGCGGGGGCGCAUUCCGUGAAGUGGAGCGUGUCGCGGGGAAUGACGGCUUCUGCGCAGAUGGCUUCGGGGGGUAUCGGGGGCUUUCAGUGAUUGUGGAGGACCGACAGCCUGGCCAGGAUGGAUGGGAGGAUAUUCCACUGCCAUCGAUUUAGUUGUUCGCGUAUACCACGACCUUGCGCAUACUAUAGACAUGCAAAGACUAGAAAACUCCAAGA